CACAUCUUUGGCCAACUGCCACAUGGAGAUCGCUGAGAUGUGGGCCUGCACAUCACCACUGAAAGCGGGAAAUAGAUUAUAUGGGGACAUCCCCACCUUGAUCCUAAUUUCAUGGGUUUUUUUAGGGCUCUGGAUCACUGAGGUCAAAGCUGGACCCAUUGGUGGAGGGGCAGAAGGGGCUGCCAUAAAGGACACCAGAUCCUGCCUGAUCUUGGAAGCCAAGCAAGACCAGAUCUGGUUAGUACAUGGAUGGGAGACCACGCAAAAUACCAGUGCCUGACAUGUGCCCUAUUAUCUACCGCCAUAUCCCCCGCGACUCCAGAGACCUCAUCCCUGUACCCCGUUCAGAGGGUUUCUCCAUCCUGUGCAGAGUGAAUACCUCUACAUCCCUCUGUGAAUGGAUCCUGAUCGCCACCAGAGAUCGCUCCUACUAUUUCAAUAGGGACAUGAAAAACCACAUUGUCUUGCACCCCCUGGGCCUCAUCGUCACUCACAUGAACAAGGAGCUGGAAGGGGAGUACCAGAUCCUCUCGGGCCUCAACAGGACCUGUAUGGGCCGGGUCUUGAUGACAGCUGUGGGUCCAUUAUUUAUUUAUCGGAUCUUCCUCCUAAUCCCGGGCAUCAUGUUCUUGUGUGGGAUGGGUCUGCUGUGGGACUGCCUGAUAAAAGCACGCAAUCAGCUUGCUGUCUCUGAAGAAGAACAAACCACCAGCGACAGGAUUCAGCAUGUCAUCUCUCCGUCGGAUCUGAGUAGCAGCCUGUAAUGGAAGUCCAGUCAUUCUGAUCAUUCAUUACGGAAACAAUUCAUAUGUGACCCUUGUUUGAGCUGUACGAAUGGCUUGUAAAUACCUCUCAUUUUUGCAAAUGUCUUGCUUGAAUCCUGAUUUUGUUUUAUUUGCUUCUUCUGUCUCUCAUGGGUGUGUUGAAUAAAGAUUUACAAAUUGAA